AUGAAUAGAACUGCGUUUGGAAAGAAGAGUUUGAAUAGGCGGCGACCCCGAGUGGAUAGGUUCGUUCUACCCAGGGAACAACUGGCCGAGAUUAAAAGUCGCGCUCUUUGGAAAAUACCCUCAGCUUACACUGGCGACAUUUGGAGUUCAGAAUACUUACAACGGAAGAAAUAUGCUGAAUAUUUAGAUGAAGCUUUCGGUUUGGAACCCUUGAAAGCUCAUGAUUGUAACCAGUCGAUACCUGACGGGUACAGAGCUCAAGCCUGGCCCUGCGUGCCCAGAAAACGUAGAUACCUCACUUCAGCCGACAGCAUAUUGGAUCUACCGACAUACAGCUAUGCUUUGUUUCCAGAGCUUUUGGACUGGAGCAGUGAUAACAUUCUGGUGGCAGCUCUGGGCAGGAACUACCAUAAAUGGAGCUGGCGCACUCAAAGCCUUACCAACCAGGGUUUUACGCAAUAUGAAAUACAAUGCUGCAAGUUUGAUCCUAGAGGAGAACUCUUACUGCUUGGCACUGACAACCAGAUAACGGAGAUUCACAACAACGCGAUGAGCAAGUGGGUGGCUGAAUGUUCCUGUUUGUGUAACAGAUUUGUAGCCAUCUGCAGCAUCACUGCCGUCGAUUGGAGCCCUACAGGAAACUCUUUUAUAACGGGAUGUUCUCGUGGAGUGCUGGUGUCAUACACUCGCACUGGAGACAUGCUGGGGUGGCGACGUGUGGGCGAGACGAUGCUGGCGGUGCGCGUAUCUCCGGACGCACGGUAUGUGGCGGCCGCGGCCGUCAACGGAACCACCGUACUCGUCAUGACCUGGCCGCUACUCCACUUGUACUCUAGUUUGGGCUCUAACUGGACUGUUAAGGCUUUGAGCUGGCACCCAUGGCGCUCCGCCUUGCUGGGUGUGGGCGCAGUGACGUCACGGAUGAACGCGCACGUCGCGGUGUGGGACGCGCCCACCUCCCGGGUCACGGACACCACAAUCCGCCACAGCCGCCAUAGUCUGGACGCUAUGCUCUUCAGCCAUAAGACCGGAGAGCUGGUCAUCAGCUUGUGGAACCCGGAACGAGCCGUUUCAUCGCCGAAGACUUGUUCACAAUUGGUAGUGAUGAGUGGACCAGAUAAAGUGGUCGAUCAAUGGGGCGAAGAACGCUCGGGACUGGACCGGAUCAGGACUAUGGUUUUCAGUCCCGAUGGAACUAAGCUUGGUAAGCGACAGCAACAGCAGACGAAGACCUCAUCAUCUGGAACUUUCUCCCGGAAGACUCCAAGAGGAAGAAGUGGAAAUGCGACAGAUUCUGGGCGCUUCCGCUGUACCUGGACGAAACGACUUACGGCCUCUCAAUGCGUUAGAUCGUUUCUCAAACUUAGAUCGUGA